AUGCGUUUCACCACCGCUACUUUCUUCGCCGCUGCUUCUGCAUCCCUUGUGGCUGCUACUGAUGAUUUUUGCAUGUCUCUCUGCAACGAUGUUGAGGGAUGCAAAACGGCCAAGUAUGGUUCCUACUGCAAGUCCUGGAAGAGUCCUGCUACUUGCUUUGGUUUGAUCAAGAAAUCUGAUGGUUCUAUCUGCUUCCAGCCUACUGACAAGGAAUGUGUCGGCGAGGCUGUAACCUGUUCGGAUGUUACUCCUGCUAGCCCCGUUGGUACCACUACUACUGAGGCCCCCGCCACUACUACUGAGGCCCUCGCCACUACUACUGAGGCCCCCGCCACUACUACUGAGGCUCCCGCCACUACUACUGAGGCUCCCGCCACUACUACUGAGGCUCCCGCCACUACUACUGAGGCUCCCGCCACUACUACUGAGGCUCCCGCCACUACUACUGCGGUCCCCGCCACUACUACUGCGGUCCCCGCCACUACCACUACUACUGAGGCUCCUACCACUACCACUACUACUGAGGCUCCUACCACUACCGCUACUACUCAGGCUCCUACCACUACCACUACUACUCAGGCUCCUACUACCACUACGACCACCACUCCCGUCUUCGGUGGUCAUUUCUGUGGUAAGGUGAUGGGCCAAAGCUUCGACAUCGACUUCACCGAUGGUCAUGCCACUAUCAAUGUCGCGGGUAUGAUGAAGAUGCACGCUGAUUACAAGGUCAACGGUUCCGAGAUGGAGUUCUUCAACUAUGAUGCUACUCUGACCAAGUUGAUGAAGAUGAUGCACAUUGAUGCCGUUAAGGCCACUAUCGUCGAUGCUAACGACGUUCAUGUCACCAUCGGAUCUCUCAUAGAUACUACAGUCACCAGGUGCUAA